AAAGCUUUGGAUUUCCGUCACUGCGGCUACGACUUGAUGGGUGACGUUGGGUGCGCCUUGUUGCAUUCCGGGUUUUCCGAAUUGUUAAACAUCGAGUCGUUGAACUUGCAGAACUGCGGAAUCCACAGCAAGGGGUGCGCCUACAUCGCAACCGCGGUGAUAAAAUUUCGACACAAAUCGAAAUUGCAGCAUUUGGACAUGUAUGCAUUGCAAAUUUGUCUCAACGUCUGGAAACUUGCGUUGCUGAAGGUUGCAUUGCAGAGUAGCCACUUUGAUACGGCAAAAUAGCAUCAGAAAUUUUGCGAGGCUUCUUGCAGAUUCAUUCGUAAGACGCAUGACAAACUGAGCUCCUAUUCUCAGCAUGAUAAAGAAAUUGCUCAGUUCGUCGUGUUUUUAUGCAUCACAAAUCCUUGGUGUCCUUCGAAACUCGCAUGACAAAUCCAGACCCAGACAUCUUUGUAAUGCGGCAUAAUAUGCGACAAAACCGGAUCGCGAUCGGAGACGAGUUUCAAGUGCAGAGGAAGAAGGAACGGAAAGGCAUAUCCUCCACUUCGCAAGUAGAGGCUCGCGGCGGAGUUUCGUCUGCUUCGCCCAAUCCCGGCGGCAAUGGAUCCGGAGCAGAACAAGAAGUAGAUGUUGAUCUUCCGUCAAGAGCGAUGAACGGUGAUACUAGUAAAGAGCUGGAAUAUAACAAUUAUUUCGACGAAGCUUUGCAGUCUCUCCAGUACAACGGCCCGAUUCUCCUCGCGGAAGCGGUCGCAGUGUGUAUGAAUUUGGUGCAUCUGGAUAUUUCCCAGAACUUGCUCCCUGAACAGAACAUGAAGCUGUUCGUCACCGCGCUCUCCGUCCGGAAAAAACGGUGCGAGGAACUGGUGCUGAGGAUGGCGGAAGAGGAGGAAAUCUUAAACGACAAAAGCAGCCUUUUGCUUCCGACGUUCACCUCGACAUCAAAUGCAAUUUUGGACAACAAAGCCGAAAGUACUUUUACCACUGCGACGACCUCCGCUCCUGCGCGGUCCUCUACAACUUCACGCCAGGGCUUUUUGAACGAGAGGUUGCAAUUGACAGAGUACAGCUUGACCAACGACGGGAUUUUGACACAGAAUCUCGCGGAAAUGGAGGUGUUGGAGAAUAGCUACAAGCAGAAAAAAAGCUUCGCCGACCGAAACAUGUUAUCAAAUGCAAAUAUGUCUGGGUCUGGAAGAUUGCGAGGUUUGUCAUGCAUGUUUUGCACGACCCAUGAUUCCUGUAAUGCAUGACCCAGCAUUACAGACUUUUAGAGGGCUUCCUGAUGCCUGUUCUGCAUGACAAAUGCCCUCGCCGCGUAGCCCAAACUGGACUCCUCUUGCUGGCCAUGCAGUACAGAUUUUUUUAGAAUCCAAAGACAGCAGCACAAGUUACAUCCUUCCAGACCCAGACAUUUUUGCAAUGCAUACAUGUUCGACUUAGAACUAGGGUUGAGUUCGAACGACCUUGAGAACGAGCGGGGCAUGGGCAUGAAGCGGAUAACGAGCUUUGUUGAAUCGGUCGGGAGCGCGGUCGUGGGCGGGAGUGGGUUGACCAGCAGGACGAGAAAGGGGAGUAGUACUUCAGGUGGACAAUCGAAAAUAGUGAACGCGCAGUUGUCCUCAUCCUCUACUUCCAAAGCUGCCACGACCACAACUGCUGUCGAAAAUGUUGACGAGAGAAGCUUCUUACUGGCCGCGCCGAGUAUGGAUUGUAAAAAUGUCUGGUUCUGGAAGGUUGGAACUUGUAAUGCUAGCUUUACAACAUACCUAGAAAAUCUGUAUUGCAUAACCAACAACAGUCGCAGCAUCUUUUGUCAUGCAAAAACGCAGCUUCUCAUGCGGAUUGCCUAUGAGAAAACGUUUUGGGAAGUUGUCAUGCCGGACUGCAUUCGGAAAUGUUUUCAUCAUGCACAUUUUAGCAUCACGAGUUUCCAGACCCAGACAUUUUUGCAGUUCAUACGGAGUAGAACUAGCCGGGCUGGUGGGGUGACCUCCAGUUUUGUCGGAACAGCUACCGUGAACGAGGAAGAUGAUGAAGAGUUUUGCGAGGAAGUCGAUGCUGGUCCUGCGACUUCUUUUGAGAGCCCGUCUUUCGCCGGUGGUGGACAUACUGCCGAUACAUUGAACCGGGAUCAUGCAGAUAAAGACGAGAAGGAGAACAGUGACCCGACCUACAGAACAAAUGGCACAACGACGACCGGAGGAGCGCCGUCGGCCACUCCCUGGUGGCGGAAUUUUGCCCUGCCCUGCUGCUUAUCAAAUGCAAAAAUGUCUGGGUCUGGAACAGAGCAACUUCUCAUGCUAAAUCUGAAUCAUGUAAAAAUCUGUGUUGCAUGAUUACCAAAAGCUGUCCACUUUUGACUAAUCGAGAGGCAGUUUCUCAUGCAGGAUAGGCAUGAAAGAACACUCACAGAAUCUGUCAUGCUAUGUCCUACAUACCAGACCUCACGAGUCAUGGAAAACCUGCAUGACAAGUCUGGCAUUUUUCCAGACCCAGACAUUUUUACAUUUGAUACUGCUGCUGCCUCCCGGGGGAACUCCACGACCCGGAGCACGAGAAUUAUUUGAAAAGAUCCGCCUAUCGAAUGCAAAUAUGUUUGGGUCUGAAAGGAUGCAGGGCUUGUCAUGCUUAUCUGGCAUGACUGAAAAGUUUGUGAUGCGUGUCCGAGAAGAGAUCCUUGUGUUUGUCACGCAAAAACGCAGUUCGUCAUGCGGAAAACGCAACACUAAGCCGCGCAAAUAUUUCUCAUGCUUGGCUGCGCAUUGCAGAGAAUUCACUACUCACAGCUCGGCAUUACAAGUUUCCAGAGCCAGACAUAUUUGCAUGUGAUACCGCCGCCGCCAUGGCAAAGAAUUCGCAGGUCUACAUCAACAUCGUUCCCGGGAAUUUUAUGUCGUCAGAAAUCCUGAACGCGUGCAGCCACCUGCUCGGCUGUUUAGUCAUCCCGCUUUUGUACACGCGGUUGUUUUAUGCCUUGCAAAUAUGUCCUCUGGGUGUGAAAGAUUGGGCGAGGUUGUCAUGCAAAUCGUGCAUGACCCGCGAUCUCUGUGAUGCAUGCUCUAGCAUCACAGCUUUUGCGAAGGCUUCCUCAUGCCUGUCCUGCAUGAGAGAAGUGCCCACCACCUCUCCGGCGGGUGGCAACAUUCUGAGUGCCUUUUGCUGUUCAUGCAACACAGAUUUUUGCAUAGUCGUGAGUUAGCAUCGCAAAUCCCAUUCUUCCCAGACCCAGAACGAUAUUUGCAUUUGAUAAGUUUUCGAUCAUCAGAGAGUUCGAGAAUUUCAUGGAAAACAAGAUGCCCAGCAGCGUCUUAUCCUGUGCAAAAGUAUCGUACUCGUACAACUGCAAGUUUAGCAUCACAAAUCUUGUUUCCGGAAGGAAAAUCUGCAUUACAAAUUUUAUUUCUCAUGCUGAGGAAAUUUGUAAUGCAUUUAUACGAGCACGAUACUUUUACAAUGCAUAUGUCUUUCAGAACUACAAUGGCGCGGCCCACAACAAUUUUCCUCCUCCACCCCCUUGGCAACAAGAUUACUACAACGACUUUCUUGAUCCCGCGUCCCCCGCCGCACAAUCUGCCCACAAUUUCUCCCUCAUGCAGAACCUGGGAACCUUCGCGCUGGGGACGUUUCUUUUCACGGCUUUUAUAAUGUUUUUGAACAGUUGCGUUUACCACGCGUUGUUCUACGUGGUGCGAAGCAACCAAGCCAUGCAGGUGCUGGACCACAGCGGAAUUUAUUGCCUAAUCGCCGGGACUAUCAGAUGCAAAUAUGGCUGGGUCUGGAAAGUUGUGAUGCUAAUAUCCGAAAGAUACGCAAACGGUAUUGCGGAGUCGCGCAUGACAAGUUUCUGUGUACUAGCUACGUCUAGCGUUAAGCGCAUGACAAAUUGCAUUUUUACAUAGCAAACAAGUGGCGUUGUAGCGCAACAAGCAUGACAGACUUUUUUGCAUUGCCGGCCGAGCAUGACAGGCUUGCAUUCUUCCAGACCCAGACAAAUUUGCAAUCCAUAGGGACCUAUUUUCCGAUCAUCGUCAUUGGCUGCGACAACACGUAUAAUGCAGUUGUGCCGGGGAUGUGGUAUACUAGUAGGUACUUCGACAGCAGUAGCAGCAGCAGUGCGACCAACGGAAAUAAUAACAGCUUCACCGGAACCAAUUCCACACCUUCCCCAACAGCACAGUACGGUCCACUGGUUCUCCUUUUGGUGUACUUGAUUCUCACCUUCCUCGGUUUGACCAUCUCGAUUCAGUGCCACGCGAAAAAGUGGUACCCGAAUUUUGUCGUAGUGAUGUACGUCGUCAUGGGGUUUCUCGGCGCACCGUACAUGCUAACGACGUGCUUUGUCGGGCCGGCGGAGGAAUGUGGGUGGAACAACAAUCCGGCGCAAAUGUACAACGGGAACUUGUCGAGUUUCAACCUCGUCCCCAGUGACGAAAACGUGAAAUCUAUGCUGUGUAAAAACGUCCCCACACCAGAGUCGAGAUGGAGAUUUUGCAACACAAACCUAGAGCUUUUGGGGGUCACGCAUCACAAGUUGCAGUCCGUAGCGUAGUGCAGGUUCGCAAGGCCAGCUGCAUCAAAAAUCCAUCUGCUCAUCCCGGUCACAGCAUUACAAAUGCCGAAACACGAUUGGAAAUGCCUUUCAUGGGGAAGCGCAUUACAAGUGUUCCUGUCAUUGCAAAUCUGCAUGACAACUCCGGGGUGGGUACGUUUUUACACAGGAUAAAAUCCCACUACUGGUGGGCGAAGGCGUUAAUCGCGCUCGGCGGGGCGUUCUACCUGUUUAUCAAAAGGAAAAAUCCCCCCUCCCCAUAUCAAAAGGAAGUUUCUGCUGCUGGAUUUGCGUAGACAAAUCAGGUUUGUAUUGUAGAGAGGCAUUGCGGGCAGAUCUCCAGGCUAGAUAGGGGCUUAUGUGUCUAGUUGCUCAGCAUGGCAAACGGCUCCCCUUUAGGCCCAGCAGCAUGACAAAUCGCCUCCAUAAUGGGGCGAAAGCUCCUGCCCUCGUCUUCUUGCAAGAUGCAUAUGAUUUGUGACCUCAAAUCAGCAAUACAAGUUUUCGGAGUCAUACCUUUUCGAUAUGGGGAGGGGGGAUUUUUCCUUUCAAUACUGUUUGGCGUGUAUUUUUUCCUGCAGCGGCAGUACCCCUUCUACCACGUGAUCUGGCACCUGUUCGUCUAUGGCUUGUUCAGCUGUUACAAUCUCAAGCGUUACAAUAGAAUAUGGAAAUCUGUGAUGCAAGAAGUGCAUGAGCUAACAUACUGUCACAGAAUUGCGCAUGACAGGUUCUGGAGUCCUAAGCUGCAGUAGAAUCUGCCGAAAUUUCUAUUGCAGAAAGUGGAACGCUCUGCGAGUCUGUCAUGCUCAUCACGCAAGACAAAUCCCAGACUCUAUUGUAACGUUUUAGAUUCUAACGUUUGAGCAGGUCAUAUCGUCAUCUUCGCGUUUUUGGCGCACUACGGCGCCAUUGAGGCGGUGGUGGAAGCGAGCAUUGAGAAACAGAAAGCGCGCAGGUGGAUACAGAUUGUCCUGGCCGCGGGAAGGAAGGACUGGCACGAUGGCGCGGUGAUCGCCGGGGGUGAUUGA